AGCAAGCCUGGGAAAUUAAAGCAAGGACACCCAAGGAUGGCUGGGCUGAAAUGCCAGUUCACAUGAAUGACACGCGGCUUUAAAGCAAGAGGCAGGUUGGGAGUCAGGGUGCGGCUGGUAAAACAGGUGAGGCGAGGAGUUUCUCUCGCUUACCUCAUUGGUGCUUAACCGGUUUCUCAAACGGAAAAAUGUGGCCCUCCUGAAUAAAUGCCAACUUUGCGUUUGUGUGAAAAUAUUAGAAAAAGUUAUUAACAACAAUGAAAUCAUAUAAUGUUAAGAAUUUGAACCAGACAGUGAUGUUAGGCUCUUUUGAAACUAAAGCUACAGUGAUCUCAGUUUUGGGUAAUGCCAAGUCCACUGAGGACAAACUGGUUUGUUCACCUCUGAGGACGUGACUAGUGAUGUAAACUGCAGAGAUGGAGGGGUUUCCCCCCAAAUGACUUCAUCUGUAAACCAUGUAAAUAUUUCUGGCUCACCCCCACCCCGCCUUUACUUUCUGUAGAUACCAGCUGUGGAAGAGUUGUGAAAGAAGUUUGGCGUCAUCACAGCGCAGUGAGGGCAACACUGACGCGCACGAAGCUGCUCUCCGCCAUAUUGACUAGUGGCAGCCGGCUUGCUGGGCAACAGGCCAGCUGCAGUCCAAGUGUUAAGGACUAACCGCUGAAAUGUGUUGGUUCUGGGAUUUGAGGCAAAGCUGAAGGUAUUCGUCCAGGUCGGACUUACAGCUUUGAGAAACUCUCUAAGGUUAAGAAGUACUACAGUAGUGAUUUCUCAGCACAGACCAGCUGGGACCCUUCUGCUCACCGGCUCUGUUAUCGGUCUUCCUCUGCAGGAUGUUUAGGGGCCCUCAGAUCCUGACUUGUCCCUUUAGGUCAUUGUUGCUGUUGAGAGACUGCCACCUUGCUGCUCUCUCUGAGAACACUGGUGCUGGAUGGCAAGGUGCAUCAGCCGCCAAAGAACGGUGGUAUGAAGGCAUCCAUGGAAGCAAGGAAGCUACAUCAUCGUCCACAGAGACUGUCUCCUGUUCGACGCAGCUGCCUUUUAUUAGUACGGACUGUGAUAAUCGGCAGCUGAGAGAGGGUUCGUUUCAAAGCCUCCUGUCCAAAGCCAUUUUAUCCAGCCAUCAUCGUCACCCCCCUCAGGCGUCUGCUUUUGCUAAGGCAACACAAGCGUCUUCUUCGUGGAAAUGCACUACCGUGGAAGAUUUAGGUAAAAACCUCAAAGCUGCGAGCACUUACAAGGACUGUUUAAACAACACACCAUGCCUUCAAUCCCGCAGAAGUCCAUGGGACAUUAGCCAACCUUCCCUCAGUUUCACCAGUCAGACUCAGUGUAACCUUCAGUGUCAUUUAAAUCACAGACGGCACUUUGUGAGAUCCUUCAGCUUGUCGAGACAUCAGCCAUGGAUUUUGAACCACUCUGACAGUACACAGCAUCCCUCCAGCAUCUCCUUUGACCAAACCAGAGCGCUUCAUCAGGCUGCCCCUCUCGUGGCAGAAGCCUGGAGAGGCUGUCUAUCUCUAGGGAAUGAAAGCAGGUGUCGACAGAAGCUGGGGCCCAACUUGAAGCUGUACGAGGCAGAAAAGGAGAGAAAAGCGUCGAGUCAGAGCCAGGGAAAGAACCAGGCGAAAUGGGCGGCGGUCCUGGUCUCUCUCUGUUCUGUUGAGGGCGAGCCGGCAUUUCUCUUCACUCUGCGCUCCAGCACACUGAAGGGCAGGCACAAGGGAGAUGUCAGUUUUGCAGGAGGAAAGAGUGAUCCAUCAGACAGAGAUGUGGUGGCCACGGCGUUGAGGGAAGCCAGGGAGGAGCUGGGCGUGAAUGUGUCAGCCGAGAAGGUCUGGGGCAUCCUGAAACCUCUCAGGGACAUGUCAGGGAUGUUGAUUGCUCCUGUUCUGGCCAACCUUGGUCCCUUGGAGGAGUUAUCCUUCAAACCAAACCCUGGAGAGGUGGAGGAGAUUUUCACCCUGUCCUUGUCCCACUUGUGCAACCCUCAAAACCGUGGCUACACACACUUCCGCACCGGUGACAAGUAUGGAUACACCCUCCCUGUGUUUCGUAACGGGAAGCAUCGAGUAUGGGGCCUGACGGCUAUCGCCCUAGACCAUACCCUGAAACUUGUUGUUCCUCCUUAGCAGUGUAAAGUACUUCAGCACAUCUUCCAUGUGGUGCAAACAUUUGAUUAUGUCAAACAUGCGGUCAAGCUAUGUGCCGCAAUAUCACAUCAGGAUUCAAUGUGAACACAAAAUGGUUUAAUUCACUCGUUCUCAUUUAUGAAGGUAAUUUCCUUUCAGGGAGUAUCAGACUCAGGAAAAUGAUUUUUCCACUCGUGCAACUUCUGAGCCUCUGUUUUUUUUUUUUAAGAAUCUCUGUUGAAUGGAUGAGGUGUAUAAAAGUUGAUGGCCCACUGUGCUGAUGGCACUGAUUUAAGACCGGGGGUUGGAAGUCCUGGCCAUGGAUUUGUAGAACUGCUAUGGAGCAACAUCAAGAAGCCGUGUCAGUGCUUUAUUACACCUGAUUGAUUCUUACCUGAACAGUAUCGGUAUAUAUUAUGGGCUGCUUUUAUUUAUAUUCUUACAAAUCCUUCUUUUAUCAGCUCUAAAUCUUCUGUACCACCAGUUACCAAAUUAAACAGAUUUUAUCAAGUUAAAUUCAUGAGUCAGUGAGAUGACUUUUGCCACAUAGGUUUUACAUGAGUCUUAUGUUUCUUUCAUUUUAACAUGUGGGCUCAGCAAAGCACAGCUCUGAGAGACUUCAUAAUUUCCAAUGUUAUUCAACUGAUGCCCAUGAAUCAUUUAUUUGAUUUGGUAAUUCUCACGCUCAAUCUAAUCAGGACUGUUAUAAACACUGAAACGAUAUUAGCACAUCAUGUGGUGUGUUGAUGAACAAUGCAAUAAAGGUUAUUUAAAGGUU